AUAAAGAUGGAAAAAGAAAUAGGCUCAUCGCAUUUGGUUUUUGCUUGCGAUACCAAAUUCGAAUAAUGGAAAAAAGAAUAAUGCUAAAUAUUCCACUUUUAUCAAAAAUCAGAAAUGUCUAAAGCUUAACCCAAAAGUAAAAUGAUGUUUAACGAGUCUGUUUAUAUUGUGGAAGAACAUAUAAAGAUUUGUCUCCCUAUAUUUAUAUUCAUAUACACCAAUCCAAGCGCCAUCUUCAUUGUCUUGUUCCAUCUUUCUCUGUUUCUGCUAUCUUGUCUGACUAGUUCUCAAAAACAGAGAUGUCGUCCAAUGAAGAGCUUGUGGAGGAUGCAAAUGGCGAUUCGUUUCAGAAAGUGAAGCAAAAUUUAAAGGAUCGAUCUAAGAAAGUGGCUCAGACGAAAGAGAUGUUCUCGAAACAAGCGGUUCAGACCAAACAGAUCCUGUCUAAACAGGCUGUUAAGAUCGCCAAACAAGCGGAAGAACACGAAAGAUUCAUCAACAAGGUGACUCAUCUUUUGGGGGUCCUCAGCUUCGGUGGGUUUUGCUUCCUUUUAGGAGCAAGACCGCAAGAUAUUCGUUAUGUGUAUUGUUUGUUCUAUGUAAUCUUUGUUCCUCUUAGGUGGAUAUACUAUCGAUACAAAAAAUGGCAUUACUAUCUUUUGGACUUUUGCUAUUAUGCCAAUACAAUUUUUUUGGUUCAUCUCCUUCUGUAUCCAACGGAUGAAAAGCUUUUCAUGGUUUGCUUCUCAUUUGCUGAGGGUCCAUUAGCAUGGGCAUUGAUUGUAUGGCGAUGCAGCUUGGUUUUUAGUUCUCUUGACAAACUUGUUAGUGUCCUUAUACAUCUUUUACCUGGGCUAGUCUUCUUCACAAUUCGAUGGUGGGAUCCAGCAGCCUUUGCAGCCAUGCAUCCAGAAGGAACUUCUCCGAGAGCUUCAUGGCCUUAUGUGGAACACAAAUCUUACCUGUGGGCAUGGCUAUUUAUGGUCCCCUUAGUUGCAUAUACCCUUUGGCAGGUUCUAUAUUUUCUCAUUGUCAAUGUUUUACGUCGACAAAGGCUGCUAAGAGAUCCGGAGGUCAUGACUUCUUACAGGGAACUCUCGAAAAAGGCACAGAAAGCAAAUAAUGUAUGGUGGCGCUUAAGCGGUUUGCUUGGAGAUCAAAACCGCUUGUUCAUGUACAUUUUGCUUCAAGCCAUAUUUACUGUGGCAACCAUGGCAUUGACAGUCCCCAUCUUCUUGUCAUAUGAAUUGCAUGCUUUUUUCCAAUUACUCAAGGUUUCUGCAUCUGUAUGGAAUGGAGGAAGCUUUUUACUUGAAGUAAUGCCUAGGCAGGUGAUUCUCAAGGAGAAGAAGAAAUCGGAGGCACAUCCAGUACAAACCCAACAAGACCAACCCUCCAUCGUUGCAGAAAAUACCACCAUAGAGAACCACAAUUCUACUGAGAGCUGACAGUUCUAGGUUCUAACAUUCCUGUGUUUAAACAUGUUUGUUAUAUCAAGCUUGUUAGUCGUGCCUCAAUGUUUUUCAUUUGGUAUGCCCUGAAAUUAGCUUUGUAACAUUUGACGUUUGUUUUGCCUUCAAUCGAUGCUAAUUAGUCUGAUAA